AUGAUUCCCUAUCCCAAGUCGGUAACUAAUGGCAAUGCCACAACUGAGGUCGCAGGCCUUCAAACAACUAACUCAAUCGACUCAUCGCUCUCGGACGAAGAGUAUAUCCUUGAUGUUGGCUAUCAACAAGAUGGAGCUGUUUCCAUACGCGGGGGCUCGCCUAGCGGGAUAUUCUAUGGUCUACAGACAUUCAAACAGCUUUUACCUCCCUCGUCUCUUCGGCAUACAAAGAGCGCCGGGGAAGGUUUGUGGGCACUUUCGACGCAAACUAUUCAUGAUACCCCGCGCUUUGCUUGGCGAGGGGUCAUGCUCGAUGUCGCUCGCCACUUCAUGCCUUUGCCUGAUCUACUGCGUUUUAUCGAUCUUUUGGCGUUUCAUAAACUCAACGUGCUACAUCUGCAUCUCACUGAUGAUCAAGGAUGGAGAUUGCCUGUUGCCAAAUGGCCCGAGUUAACCACUGUAGCAUGUUGGAGAAAGAGAACCAUGCAAGGCGCUCCGCCACAUGGCAAGCUAGAUUCACGCCCACAUGGUGGGUACUACUCCAGGGAGGACCUUGAGGAACUUGUCGCUUUUGCCACCGAGAGACAUAUAAGGGUCGUGCCCGAGAUUGAUAUGCCGGGGCAUAUGCAAGCAGCUGUUGCAGCCUAUCCUGAACUAGGAAAUGGCGCACAGGUUGUUGUGAUGGAGGAAUGGGGUAUUUCCAAACAUGUGCUUAACAUGUCAGAUAAAGCUUUGGAAUUUUGCAAAGAUGUACUGGAUACAGUUUGCGACAUAUUCCCCGGCGAAUUCAUUGGCAUUGGCGGUGACGAGUGUCCUCACGAUGAGUGGAAGGCCAAUCCGGAUAUCCAAAGCAAGAUGAAGCAAUUGGGAUUAGCAGACGAAGCGGGUUUACAUGAGUGGUUUAUUGGACAGAUGGCGGCGCAUUUGCACGUCCAUGGUCGUCGUCCGUACGGUUGGGAUGAACUGAUGGGAUGUGGAGACAAAGUUCCCAAAGAUGUGCUCAUCGCAGCCUGGCGAGGGAUUGAACCGACAGAGAUUGCAGCCAAAAGUGGGUUCGAAGUUAUUGCGUGCCCAGACAUCAAAUGUUAUUUGGAUUAUCGGCAGUCAGAGGACAAAAACGAGCCGACGCCAGUGGGAGUUGUGCUGUCACUCGAAGACAUCUACAACUUCGAUCCUGUACCAGAGGGAUUGACACAGGAUGAGAAGAAGAAAGUGAUGGGAACUCAGGUCAACGUCUGGACUGAGCACAUGGAGAGUGCGUCUCGUGUUAACUAUAUGGUUUUCCCUCGUUUGUGUGCAUUUGCAGAGGUUGCCUGGGGCAAGGCAGACAACCAUUCGGAUAUUGGUGACUUCAAAGUCCGACUGGAACAGCAUCUCCCAAGGCUGGAAGCGCUUGGUAUCAAUUAUCGACAAUUGAGUGGCCCUAGGCCAUGGAAUGCUCGCCCUGAUGCACCAGGUAAGCCGCGGAGUAUGCAGCACCGGGUAGAAAAGCAGCCAAGAUUUAUUGCAGAUUUGCUACAGUAA